GUAGGCCCACUGCUGGCCGCCGAGGAGGGGUAGGAAAAGUGUGUUUACACAGACGGCUAACUGCCUGGGGAAUCGUAGGGGAGAGGAAGUCAGCCGGCUCUGCGUCUGCUGCUCCAACUUCCUGCUCAGAAAAAGAAAAAGCCCAGGAUCCGAUUUCAGCCCAACACAACUGUGCAGACCAGGAGUCAGCAUGGAAAAACAAGGGAUCACACAGGCAUCGACGUAAAGUUCCGCGGAGAGAAGAAACCCAGCCGGAGAGAUCGCAGGUAUGGACAGCGCCAUCACUCUGUGGCAGUUCCUGCUGCAGCUGCUGCUGGACCAGAGUCACAAGCACCUGAUCUGCUGGACGUCCACGGACGGCGAGUUCAAGCUCCUCAAGUCGGAGGAGGUGGCCAAGCUGUGGGGGCUGCGCAAAAACAAGACCAACAUGAAUUACGACAAGCUGAGCAGAGCCCUGCGCUACUACUAUGACAAGAACAUCAUCAAAAAGGUGAUUGGCCAGAAGUUUGUCUAUAAGUUUGUGUCCUUCCCUGAGAUCCUGAAGAUGGACCCGCAGGCGGUGGAGAUGGGUUUAGCCUCCGGGAGGUUCCCCCUCCAGGAGGACGAGGCCCCUGAGCUGGAAGCGGAACUGGAGGAAGAGGAGGAUAUCGAGGAGGAGGCCCAGAGGAGGACCCUGGCGGGGUUACGGGUGCAGCAGUGCCAAAGGGAUUACCUCCACUCUGGCCUCUACUCGUCCUUCCACAUCAGCUCCUUGCAGAACAGCCUGCGUGAGCGUCAGGAGGAGCCGCGCUCAGUCAUCCGCUUUGGCACCAACGCCGGCGGCAGAAGCUCCCCUCCUUCUGUCAAAACGGAAUGCUACAUCUCCCCCAGGGCGUCCAGACUCCCCUCCCAUUCCCACUCCCCGUCCUCCCCGCCGCACACCCAACCGGGGCGAAGCUGGAGCCCCUCUGAUGAGGAAGAGGAAGAGGAGGACUCGGAUCAGAACGCUCAGCCGCUCAAUCUCUCCUCGGGACACAGGGAGCGAGCCCUGCAGCUUCCUGAAAAGAGGAGCAGCAGCAGGGGAAGGAGCGUCUCCAGUGACCAAGGAGAUGGACUCCCACCCAAAAGCAAAAAGCCUAAAGCUCUGGAGAUCUCCAGCCCGUCCCUGCUGCUGGCGGGGAGCGACAUCGGCUCCAUCGCCCUCAACAGCCCGGCGCUCCCCUCCGGCUCCCUCACCCCGGCCUUCUUCACCGCACAGACUCCAUCCGGUUUGCUGCUGGCUCACAGUCCGCUGCUGUCAGGGAUCCACUUCUGGAGCAGCCUGAGCCCCGUCGCCCCUCUCAGCCCCGCCCGGCUGCAGGGCCACGGCUCCCUCUUCCAGUUCCCCAGCCUAAUCAACGGACACAUGCCUGUCCCCCUCCCAAACCUGGAAGGAACACCCUCCUCCCUGCUCCUGUCCCCCGCCACCCACAAAUCCUGAUCCAGGGUCUGCAGAAACCUCCAAAAUUCACCGCUUAAAAGGUUCUCAAUCAUCGUCGUCUGUGGCCCGAGUUCAAAUUCUGCUUGAAAGAAUAAAAAGACGUGACCUUACUCCUCCUUUUUGCACUUAAGCUGCUCCAGAUUCUACUUGUUGAAAGCACUUGGUAAAAGCCAUACAGCGCGAUGUCGUUUUAUACACGGACAGGCUCUGUCUCUGCAGAAAUGAGCUGUUUUUUGUUUUAAUCCUGUACAAAUAUUGGUUUUCCUCUUUACAGCGUGAAACUGCUGGUUUCACUAAUGUGGUGAUGUAAUUAUGCACUAUGCUUUCCGGAUAGUACCAGCUGUGCCUUAUCGUCCCCCUUAUUUGCUUUAUUACUAAAUCAUUUUAAUGAAGACGAGAUUUCUAAUCAAUAAAACCUUUUUUUGUAACAGUUAUUUACUUUUUUAUACUGGACUUGGCAUACAGUUAUGCAUUCUGUAUAUGUU